AUGUCAGCCACCACACCCCCCAAGAAAACUGUGCGCCUCGCACUUGACGACGACGAGCCAAGGACGCCGACGCCGACGCCCAAGAAGACUGUCAGAUUCGCACUCGAGAAUGACGUAGUUGUUGAGGCACCAACUUCAAGUCUCGACGGUGCCGUGGAGGCAUCGACUGCAACACUCAACGCAGACCCAACCCUCUCCACCGCCUCCCAAACCUCCUCUCGGGAAGUGUCAUCGCGCGUACCUCUAGAGGAAACACCCACAACCUUCUCACCCGAAACUCCGACGCUCCAUCGUUCAUACUCAGACGAUGAGGGCGAGAAAGACGCCGCGGGACGGGUGGUGGAAGCUAGCCACGAGCCGUGCGAGAAGUGUGGGGGGAAAGUCGUUUGGGCGACGAUGGGGGAGUGGUUGAUGAUUUGUGGGGAAUGUCAGGAGCCGCAGUGA